AUGGCUACGCCACAAGGAGAUAUUGACUUUUCAAAGCUACCACUAUCCCCAAACCCAGAUGGAGGGCCACCAAACUUCGUAGGUGGCCAGUCGUUGGAAACCGUCAAUCUAUCCAUCGGCGCAGUCAUCAUUUCACUUAGUAUCAUCUUUGUUGCAGUUCGUAUCUAUGCGAGUUGCAAAAACGUCGGGCGCCUGUUCCUUGACGAUUGCUUUUGCUUGGGAGCAGAGAUAGCUGUGCUCGUCUACUGGGGACUACUCACGGCUAAUUUUGGAAGAGGGCUAGGAAAACAUGCAUGGGAUCUACCUGUGAGCGUCAUUACACCAUGGGUUCUAAAGAGGCAUGUUGUAUCUCAGUUCUUUGGUGCUGCAGGCAAUUGGCUUGCAAAGGCAUCUAUCCUGGCAUUUUUCCUCCGCAUCUUUGGAAGCCUUCGAUGGGUUCGUAAUGCUUGUUUCGUGCUCCUCAUCUUGCUCUCUAUGGGCUCAAUCACUCAUGCAGGACUCUUUGCUGUGCUCUGCGUUCCCCACGGACACGAUGUUUGGAAUAGCGAACUCAUGGCCAGAUGUGCUACAGGCGCUCCAGUGACUGUAGCUGUGGGCGUUUGCAUCUUGGUGGUUGAUAUAGCCAUCUUUGUCCUGCCAUUUCCCAUCAUCUCCAACUUGAAGAUGGAUAAGAAAAAGAAACACGGUCUUAUCAUCGUGUUUCUCAUUGGCUUCUCAAUUGUCGUCUUCAAAAGUUCCAAGGAUCCGACUUGGAACGGGGCGAAUGUGUCCAUCACCGCAUAUAUCGAUACUUUUGGAACCAUCAUUGUCAGCUGUACCCCAGGUAUAUACGCUUGGUGGCUGAAAAUAUUCUCCCAGAGCAGGCUAUACUCUUCAAUUCGAUCCAUGUCAUUUCUGCGCUCGAGAUAUUCGUCUUCAAGGUCAAGAGGAUACAUCACAAACGAAGGAAAAGAAAUGCCUAUGAAUAGCGACCAAGAACAGGAUCAAUAUAAGCUUCCAAAAGUUUCGACAUCAUCCUCGCAACAACAACUACAUGAAUGGCCUCGCGGCGACGAAAGACACGUCAUUCCAGUAUCCACUGUCAUCACGCAGACGAUAUCUGACAGAAGAGAAAGCUACGAUCAGAAUCGCCGGAUGCAAGGAUACAUGCAUUCGUGGGAGCCCGUCGAUAUAAGGGCUAACAACAUGAGGGAUGGCGGAUAUGCGUAG